AUGCAUAUUUCAGCUAUCUCUCUGCUUGCCCUGACUGUAGGCGCUGUCGCUCUUCCGACUUCUAAGAAUGAGAAGAGUGAGUCUCUGGAGAAGCGCUGCGAAUGGCACGAUGGCCAUGGACCCAUCAGCUGUGACUAUUUCAGCGUUGUUUUUGGAGCAGAAGGACGCGAACGCUCAGAAUUCAUAAUGAAGGGCAAUAACUUCGAAGAGCGAAAGUUCCCACGUUGCGAUCCCUGGCAAGGUCAAAACUAUCAGAAUUUCUACAGCCCGUUGCCUUAUGUCCUUCAGGUGGCUCCUGGAAAUACCUGCGAAACUAGACUUCCUGAGGCCUGGUGGGAUGAUCUGCAUAUUCAGUAUGCCGGCACUUUCUUAAAUGCACCUACAGACCCCCGUUGUGGACCGGUCGAGAACGGUUGGGGCCGCCGUUGUAUCAUUGCUCAACGCCCUUAA